GCGACGCGGCUCCCCCCGAAACCGAGAGAGAGAAAGAGAGAAAGAAAAACACCCGCCAGAGAGGAUGGUUGCUAGAUAAGUUACCUGAAAUUAUAUAAUUACUUCAACAAGGCAUUGCUCUUUCGAACCCCGUAUAGGUAUUCCCUGGACGUGUUUUCAGCGUUUCAUAUGUAACACACUAAAGAGGAUCCAUGUCUUUUCUUCGUUGGGUAUCUGAGAAAUUGAGUGUGGAGAGCCUGCGGGAUUUGGAGUUAUUUGGAGAGCAAGCUCAGGGACUCUCUCACAGGAAAGCCCAUGAGGACAGCCAGGAGAGUCUGACCUCCCUCCCACGUCGGGACACCAUGGGCAGCUUCCUCCCUGACAGCAACUCCUACGAGCUCCUCAUCAUUAUCGGCCGGGGAUUGGACGACUUGAUGACAGUGAAUCUGGCUCGAUACAGACCCACCGGGGAGCACGUAGCCAUCCGACGGAUUGACUUGGAGUCGUGCACUAAUGACAUGGUUACCUACCUGCAGGGUGAACUACAUGUGUCAAAGUUGUUUCACCACCCCAGUAUUCUACCCUACAAGAGUGUCUUUAUAGCUGAAAAUGAGCUGUGGGUCAUCACACCCUUCAUGGCUUAUGGGUCUGCCAGAGAUCUGAUCUGCACACAUUUCACUGAUGGUAUGGCUGAGCUUACCAUCGCCUACAUUUUGCUGGGCAUGCUCAAAGCUCUUGAAUACAUUCACCACAUGGGAUAUGUACACCGGAGUGUGAAGGCCAGCCAUGUGUUGAUCUCAGCUGACGGGCAGGUCUGCAUGUCCGGUCUACGGAGCAUCUUCAGUCUGAUCCGUCAUGGCCAGAGGGCCAGAGUUGUCCAUGACUUCCCCCAGUACAGCGUCAAGGUGCUGCCCUGGCUCAGCCCUGAGGUGCUGCAGCAGAACCUGCAGGGCUACGAUUCUCGGUCAGACAUUUAUAGCCUUGGCAUCACAGCCUGUGAACUUGCAAAUGGACAUGUGCCCUUUAAAGACAUGCCAGCUACACAGAUGCUGCUGGAGAAGCUAAAUGGGACGGUGCCGUGUUUGCUGGACACCACCACUAUCCCACCAGAGGAGCUGUCGUUGAAACCUUCUCGCUCUGGGGCCGACUCUGGGAUCUGCGAGGGACCAGGAGCCGGAGGUGUUCGGCACUCCAACGGAGAGCCCUCCUCCUCUUCCUCAGGACACCCUUACAACCGGACGUUCUCCCCGCACUUCCACGCCUUUGUCGAGCUGUGUCUACAGCGAGACCCAGAAAAGAGACCAUCUGCCACCACUCUCGUAGGCCAUCCUUUCUUCAAACAGAUCAAACGGCGGCCCUCAGAGGCGCUGCCUGAGCUGUUGCGGCCCGUGUCGCCUAUCACCAGCUACGAGAGCUCCCACCCGCAGGACUCUCCCUCUGGACUGGCUAGUCUGGAGUCGGGUCUCAGCCACUUGGAGGUGGACGACUGGGACUUCUGACAAUGGAGGACUUGGUGGGGAGACACUUGUAGGAUUCUGACGGGAAACCCUCUGAGCAUACAGGACGAGCUUUGUUUUUGUAACGGUCCCCUUGUAAAUAAUUUAAAUAUCAAACUAAAAAGGGUUGCUGUUCUCAGACAGAGGUUUAAAAGCCAGCAGCCAUCUUGCCUCUUCUUGAUGUUUCUCGCACGCUUUGGUUCUCUAGAUAUGCACAGACUCUUGCACUGCACUGAUGGCCUCUCUUUAUUUACACACACACACAGACGUUUACAGAUUGUACUCACACACGACAACCACCCCCCCGGAGCCAAAACAUUAAAGGACUCCUCUAUUCCUCAUGCCGUUGCUGAGGUUUCAGAGGAGGGUCUAUUGAUCUAGAUGUAGCCUAAAACCGAAAGAUUCUCAUGAAAUGAAUCAGUGGGAAGCUGCUACUAAAUAUUUAGAGGGGACACUCUACCUCUUCUUUGAACGUGGCCGCUUGAUGUGGCCCAUCUGGUCAGUGGGACCACCGUAAGGGUGCACACUGGUCCUCACAGCUCACUCAGCCCCCUCUACACCAGACGGAGAGUAUCGACUUUAUGAACAGCAUGUAUACGCAUUUCUUAGCUCUCUGGCUGUGUUACAGUGUAAACAUGUCAUGCUUUACGCAUUACUUUUGUUGCACACAGGUUAAGCUUUACAUCGGUUUAGUUUAACCUUCAGAGCAUAGAAGUAUGUAUUUCCUUGAACUUACUCUGGGUGUGAUGUUACUUAUGUCAAACGUGAAUGUUACAUUGGUGCUUGUUUUGUCUGCUUGUACAUUUGAAUGUUGGGGCAAAACAAAGUGUUGCAAAUGUCAAACUUGACUUUUAACAAUAAACAUUGUUCACUUUGA